AUGAAAUUUCCCCCAAAAGAUUUUUGGUUUGGCCUUCAAAUAAUUUUAAUUUGUAUUUGCUGGUGGAGUUCGAGUUCAGUUUCAAGUAUUUUAAAUAAAUUAGCCUUACAGAGCUAUCCCUACCCUUUAACAAUUGCUCUUUCUGCUUGUUUAAAUAAUGCCUUGUAUGCCCUUCCGUUAAUUAAAAUAUUCAAAAUUACAACAGUUCAUAUUUCAACUGGUUAUUUGCUUCGAGUUAUUUUUCCAAUUUCGGUUGGAAGAGCUGUUGGAAUUACCAGUGCAUAUUUUGCCUUAUGGAAAGUAACUGUUAGUUAUGCUCAGACUGUGAAGGGCACAAUGCCUAUUUUUACGGUUCUAAUUUCUCGAGUUUUGCUUGGAGAGAGGCAGUCACUCAAACUUUAUUUUUCACUUUUGCCUGUUGUUGUUGGUGUAUUUAUUGCUUCAGUUACAGAAAUUCAUUUUAAUUUAUUUGGUUUAUGUUCUUCAUUUAUUUCAACAGCAGUAUUUGCCUUUUUAAAUGUGCUAGCCAAAAAAGUUUUUGAUGAAACUGGAAUGCAUCCAAUUAGUCUAUUGGCUUUAAAUUCUCAAUUGGCAUCCUUGCUUCUCUUUCCUUUUUGGGCUUGGACAGAUGGUAGUCGAAUGUGGGAAUUAGCCCAUUUAACAAAUUCUAAACAACACCAACAACAAAAUAAUAACAAUCAUGCACCAGACUCCUAUUUUUUGAUUUUAUUAGCACUUUCUGGUUUAUGCUCAUUUUUUUCAAAUUUGUGUGCUUUUAUGUUGAUUCACCAGGUAUUUCAGAAACUAGAAGAAAGCCGGGGUUGGGGUUCGGGUCUGGAGUUCGACUUUCGACUAACCCGGCUCCAAGCUAGUAUACAUCGGGAGCCGAAACAUUUUUAA